UUAACGACUCUGUCUCUGUCUCUCUUCCUCUCCCUCGCCCGGUGUCUCUCAGAUCUGCAGCGAAAUCAAAAAAAGAAAAGAAAAUGGCGGCAGGACCAGAUCAGCUCUUCAGUCUCCGGAACAACUUCUACCUGGGAGCGUUCCAGGCGGCCAUUAACAACAGCGAAGUGCCCAAUCUCUCCCCAGACGAUGUCGUCGAGCGCGACUGCCUCGUCUACCGCUCCUACAUCGCCCUCGGCAGCUUCCAGCUCGUCACCAGCGAGAUCGACUCCUCCGCCGCCACGCCUCUCCAAGCCGUUAAAUUGCUCGCCCUCUAUCUCUCCUCCCCCGAUAACAAGGAGUCGACGAUCUCGAGUCUGAAGGAGUGGUUGGGGGAUCCCGCGAUUGGGAACAACCCGAUCUUGAGGUUGAUUGCUGGGAUCGUCUUCAUGCAUGAGCAGGGCUACAAUGAUGCUCUCAAGCACACUAAUGCUGGAGGCACUAUGGAACUGCAAUAAUCACUCAGCACCCACUACGGAGACAAAACCACUCAAGCGUUGGAAAGACGAGACUCGUAAAACAAAGCACUUCUCAAUGCCCAAAAUCUCUAACUCUUCAAUUCUUGCAAUCUUCUCCACUGAAGCAUAUCAAAGAUUUCUUCUUCUCGGCCGAAAAUCAAAACCCAUUUCAUUUGCAUCCUCAUUCUCAUCCUCCUCCUCCACAUCACCAUAUCCUGUUCCAACCCAGCAGCAGAUUGCGCAUUUGAUACUAAACCAGAAAUCGGCCUCCCAAGCCCUUGAAACCUUCAGAUGGGCCUCCAAACUCCCCAACUUCACCCACUCUCAGUCCACCUACCGUGCUUUAAUACGCAAUUUAUGUGCUUUCCGUCGCUUUGAUACUGUACAGGAUCUGCUCGACGAAAUGCCCAACUCAAUCGGGUCACCCCCAGAUGACGACAUUUUCGUUACUAUCAUCCGUGGUCUCGGGCGGGCGCGUAUGGUUAAGCAAGUGAUCAAAGUGGUUGACUUGGUUUCUCGGUUUGAAAAGAAACCGUCUUUGAAGAUUUUCAAUUCAAUACUAAAUGUUCUUGUCAGGGACGAUAUUGAUUUGGCUAGAGCGUUUUAUAGGAAGAGAAUGAUGGGGUGUGGUGUUGAAGGCGAUGAUUACACUUUCGGGAUCUUAAUGAAAGGGCUUUGCUUGACUGACAGGAUUGGCGAUGGCUUUAAGCUUUUGCAAGUGAUGAAGUCUAGGGGAAUUACACCAAAUACCGUGAUUUAUAACACAUUACUUCAUGCACUUUGCAGGAAUGGGAAAACUGGGAGAGCAAGGAGCUUGAUGAAUGAAAUGAAGGAACCCAAUGAUGUGACUUUUAAUGUCUUAAUAUCUGCUUACUCUAAAGAAGAGAAUUUGGUUCAAGCUCUAGUUCUGUUAGAGAAGUGCUUCAGUUUUGGGUUUGUGCCAGAUAUUAUUACAGUAACUAAGGUGCUGGAACUUCUCUGCAAUGUUGGUCGUGUAACUGAGGCUGUUGAGAUUUUGGAGAGAUUGGAGACUAAGGGAGGUGUGAUAGACAUUGUGGCAUAUAAUACUUUGAUAAAGGGUUUUUGUAGAUUAGGGAAAAUGAAAGUUGGGUUUUCCUUUCUGACAAAGAUGGAGAGAAAGGGCUGCCUUCCAAAUGUAGACACCUACAACAUUUUAAUCUCUGGAUUUUGUGAGCAAAGGAUGUUGGAUUUGGCUCUUGAUCUGUUUAAAGAGAUGAAAACAGAAGGGAUUAACUGGAAUUUUGUUACAUACGAGACACUAAUCAAGGCUUUGUGUUCAGGAGGUAGGAUGGAAGAUGGGUUUAAGAUUUUAGAACUAAUGGAGGAGAGUAAGGGGGGUUGUGGGAGGCGGAUUAGUCCUUAUAACAGUGUGUUAUAUGGUCUAUACAAGGAAAAUCAGUUGGAUGAAGCACUAGCAUUUCUGAAAAUGAUGGGGAAGUUAUUUCCUAGAGCUGUUGAUAGGAGCUUGAGUAUUUUAGCUUUUUGUGCAGAUGGCGCCAUUGAGAAUGCAAAGAAGGUUUUUGAUCAGAUGCUUGGAGAAGGGGGAGUUCCAAGUGUUCUUGUUUAUGAUUAUUUAAUCCAUGGAUUUUGCCAACAAGGAUGUGUGCGUGAAGCGUUUGAACUGGUGAAUGAGAUGGUUCAUCUUGGUUAUUUUCCGCUUGCAUCUACAUUCAAUGCCUUGAUUAGUGGAUUUUGCAGGCAGGGGAAAGUUAGCAGUGCUUUGAAGCUCAUGGAUGACAUGGUUGAGAGGGGUUGCAUUCUGGAUAUAACAAGUUAUAAUCCCUUGAUUAAUGCUCUGUGUAGGAAGGGAGAUUUUCAGAAGGCUUUGGAGCUCCUUUCACACAUGGUAGAAAUGGGGAUCCUCCCUGAUUCUUCAUCAUGGAAUUCAUUGCUUCUUUGUUUUUGCCAAGAAACCAGCAAUAACAUGUUCCAAGUAACUGAUCACCUGUUGCAACAAAUUGCUCAGAAGUGAAUUUAUUUAUGGGUUUUGCAUA